AGCUUCAACAGCGCGCCAAUAAGAAACGCCACCCGGAAGCGGAAGCCAACCCGCGGCCCUGGCGGGCGGGAGAGUUGAGUAGGAGGAAUGACUUCCGAUUUCUCCUUUGCCCCGCCCAUUUUCUUUCGUCUCCUUCCCCGGGAUUGGCUGCCUUGUGCCUGGGCCCCGCCUUCUCGCGACACCCCUGGCGGCCACUUUUCCCGCCUCCUCCUGGGCCACGCAGCGGAGCCCGGUGACAGUUGAGGAUGGCCGGAGCGGAGAGCCCCGCCGGGUGCCAGGCGGAGCUGGAGCCCGUGGUAUCGCUGGUGGACGUGCUCGAGGAAGACGAGGAGCUGGAGAAUGAGGCGUGCGCCGUCCUGGGCGGCAGCGACUCGGAGAAGUGCUCCUACUCGCAGGGCUCUGUGAAGAGACAAGCACUGUAUGCCUGUAGUACCUGCACGCCAGAGGGGGCGGAACCAGCAGGGAUUUGUCUAGCUUGCAGUUACGAAUGUCAUGGAAGUCAUAAACUAUUUGAACUAUACACAAAAAGAAAUUUUCGUUGUGAUUGUGGAAACAGCAAGUUUAAAAACUUGGAAUGCAAAUUAUUUCCUGACAAAUCAAAAGUAAAUUCUUGCAAUAAGUACAAUGACAACUUUUUUGGAUUAUACUGCAUUUGUAAGAGACCUUAUCCUGAUCCUGAAGAUGAGAUUCCAGAUGAAAUGAUACAGUGUGUGGUCUGUGAAGACUGGUUCCAUGGCAGGCAUCUUGGUGCCAUUCCCCCUGAGAGUGGGGAUUUCCAGGAGAUGGUGUGCCAGGCUUGUAUGAGGCGCUGUUCUUUCUUGUGGGCUUACGCUGCCCAGUUGGCAGUCACCAGGCUGUCUGCUGAAGAUGAUGGGCUGCUGCUGAAUGCUACUGGGAUGGGAGACCAAGAUGUCGUCAAGCCUGAAAACGGAGCUCCCCAAGAGAACACCCUGAAAGAAGAUGCUCCAGAACAUGGAAGGGAUCCUGGCAAGGAGGUGAAAGCUGAGCAGAAUAACGAGCCCUGUACCAGCUCCAGUUCUGAGUCUGACCUCCAGACAGUGUUUAAGAAUGAAAAUACCAAAACUGAGCCGCAGUCCAGCUGCAGACUUCAGGAACUCCAAGCCAAGCAGUUUGUAAAGAAAGAUGCUGCCACCUAUUGGCCCUUGAACUGGCGCAGCCGACUGUGCACCUGUCAGGACUGCAUGAAAAUGUAUGGAGAACUAGACGUCAUGUUCCUGACAGAUGAGUGUGAUACAGUCCUGGCUUAUGAGAACAAAGGCAAGAGUGAGCAGGCCACUGACAGAAGGGACCCUUUGAUGGACACCCUUAGCAGCAUGAAUAGAGUCCAGCAGGUGGAGCUGAUUUGUGAAUACAAUGACUUGAAGACCGAACUUAAAGAUUACCUGAAGAGGUUUGCUGAUGAAGGCACGGUUGUUAAGAGAGAAGACAUUCAGCAGUUCUUUGAAGAGUUUCAAUCAAAAAAGAGACGGCGAGUGGACGGGCUGCAGUAUUACUGCAGCUAAAGUGGAGUGCCAUGCUUCCUCAGUCAGGUUCACGGAAAUGCCACUGCUCCGGAAUAAAGAGACCUGUGUCACACUUGGUCCCCUUUCCAUCCUCCCGUGGCCUCAGGCUCCCUUCUCCUUAACAGUAGCUGCAGUGUUUACGCUGGUUUCUCAACAAGCAUCCUCUAUGACUCAGCUCAUUCCACAGACUUCAGCCUUCCUGGCCAGGAUACCUAGGAUUUCUGUUGAAGAAGUUUGAUUUGAUCUUUCAAGAGCAAAUUAGCUUCUUUUCUAGCAGUUUGCUCCAUGACUUCCAGAUGUGUCUCCACAGAGCUGUCGUCCUCUGGGUCCCCUGUGUCUUGCAGGUUCUCUUCCUGUCAGCCGAGCCUCUGUGGGGAACAAUCCCUCUGCCCCCAUGAUCACUCUGUGGGGAACAAACCAUCUGCCCCCAUGAUCACUCUGUGGGGAACAAUCCCUCUGCCCCCAUGAUCACUCUGUGGGGAACAAUCCCUCUGCCCCCAUGAUCACGGUGCCUUGGGGCAAAGCUUCCUCCAGCCUGCUCUGCCAGUCCUCUCAGUGCUUUCUGAGAUUGGAUCAUGGCUUGAACUGAUUGGGAACUUUUCUCUGUACCAACCUUCAGAGUAGCCAGGACUGAUGUUGAUGUCUGUUGGAAAUUGACUCAUGGCAGGAUUGAGGAAGCAAGCCUUUGUUCUGAAUUUCACUGAUUAAUUUAAAGUGAAAUUUCAUUACCACUCUAGUGGCCCUCAAACAUCAGCGUUAGUACUGUAAUGCUCCCAGGGCUUCCUGGGAAUGCACUCCCGUGUGAGCCCCUUUGCUGCUGCCUAAAAAUGACCACAUCCUACCCCCUGACAUGUGGGUGCUUUACAGAGUCCUCUGGUUUCUUACAUAUCAGGGAUAUGCAUAAGCAUAUAUUAAGAAUGGACCUAUUUUGAUACUGUUCUGUUAGGAAAUGUUAUUGGAACCCCAGUAAGUUGUUUUUCUCCUUGAAUCUGUGCUGAAGGCAAAGAUACUGACUGACCUUAGUGGGAGUGAGUGGGGCAGUGACAGCCCUAGAAGAGAGAUGGAGGAUUCCAGCUAAAGCCCUCAGCUAUAUACAUGUUGAGUCUUUGAAUGUAAACAGUGUGCACAGACAUUCCCUCCUGACUGGUCUGAAGGUCUUCAUGGAUUGUUGUAUAAAAUCCUGUGUUUGAGGGAAGUCUUUGAGAUGGUGUGAAGUCUUUUUAAAGCUCCCACGGUCUAUGUGGAAAACAUCUUUUUAUCCACAGACCUAAGUCACACCCUCAAGAGGAACAAGAUCUGCCGUAGCACACUGUGAGGUACAUUAAAGGCAUUUUAGGCCAUGUGUUAGUGGGGAUAGUUUUGUGUGAGCAGCAGUUGUAUGCAAGAAUACUCCAAUUCCUGGGCAAGAUGAAGUAGCCUACAAAUAAGGUCUCAGGAAAUGGCAUGGCUCCUGUACUGUGUAGAGCCUACAGCUUUCUAGUGACAGAUCCUGUGAAGACUGCUAUGUGGAGUUGGAAAGUUCUUCUGGCUGCAGGCAAAGCCUGUGUGCCCUGAGCUGGCAUCCUAGAAAUGGCUCAGUUAAAAACUCCAGGUGCCUACAGCCCAGGGAUCUUCCAAGUCGAGGAUAUUUUGAAUUUGAGAGUUGCACUUUCCUUGUACUAGCAUAUCCUUGAAAUUUAUAUCUUCCCAGAUGUCAGAUUUAACUACCAAAAAGUUCCUGUCUGCCCUCGGUAGGUCAGAACGAGGCUGAGCAGCAGUGUCCGUGAGCAACAGAAAUGCAGACAGCCAGUGUUGAAGGGCUUGCCUAAGAAAGGUUCUCCACUUAACCAGAAAACCUCUUUUUGUACCUGUUCACAACUAGUUUUCUUACUAUUCUCUUAGAGAGAUGGUUUGGGCCAACAUGUGGCAGUUGAUAUUAAUGCAUGUUUUAUGCAGAAGAAAAUGUGAUACUAAUUGCUUUUAAGGAAUUCUGGCAUUGUAUGUACAUUUUUGUAGAAAUUAUUACUCAACAUAUUUCAAUCAGGUUUCUGUAAAAUUCAAAUUAAACCAAUUCAAAAUAG